AUGGCUGCUAGUCCAGGCUCAGAUAACAAUUGCAAUAUCUACAUGCCACCGCUAGGGUGCUCUGUGGCGUCCUCGAAUGACUUCAGUGAUUACCAAUGGUUUACAGACUUUGGAAGUUAUCGCGACGGAGUGACCACACAUCAAAGCAUCCUUUCGGCACUAUCCGCGUCGUACAAUGGAAUCGGCGAGCUGUCGUACUACGAAAAGAUGGCCAAGGACAUCGACGCCAAUCUGGCUGAAAUGGACAUGGAAAGCUUUCGCACGGAAGACAUACAUUCCGUGUUGACGGCCAUCCCUUCGCAGCUACGGUUAGACGAUGCGGAGCGCAAGACGCGUAACAACAACCGCAUCUUCUCGUCGAUCACAGGUUGUACGGCGACCGGAAUGGUACCGGCCGAUAUGAUGGACAAUUCAUUCUGCAAAUCAGAGCUACUCUUCUCUCCAGUCAAGGAAUCGCAUAUAAGUGUUGAUUCACUUGACAUGGAUGGAUAUCCCGAUGAAGAGGACAUCAUACUGACGUGCCAGGCGAAUAAAGAUAACUAUACUAUAGCGUUUGAGCAGAGUAUUCUUUACUCUGAAGAAAGCUAUUAUGAUGGACCCGAGAACUACGGAAAAUACAAGCGUAUGAAUUUGUUGAAUAAUCUACAAAAUCGUACCACGUUCAUCAAGCAAAAAGAUUCCAUGUCACGUUCAGAAGUGAACUAUACAUCGUGGAACAAAGUGAAGAAAAAUGGAACAAAUCACAGAGCACCAAUUGCAGUUAAUCCGCUCAUAACACAUAUAUCUCGUCACAAUCGAACAUGCUUCGUUCGAAAGAGCUUCAGCAUGCCAAAUCUACAGUCCGACCAACCAAACUCGGCUCAAUCACAGCUUCCUUCAGGCGACCAGCAUCCGCUCAACGUAUCUCAAGCCGGGACGGAUCAUAAUGCAGGGGAGUCGUUCGACCGACCGAUGCGUACGCUACUUCCAAUGUACACCCUUCCGACGGAUUCAGAGAAUGAAAGCAGCACUAACGGGAAUGGAGUUGACGAGGACAACCAAAUAGAGCUCAAUGGCGUGCACCAAGAGUCGUUGCAAACACAACAACCGCAAAAGUCACAUCAACAAUCGCAGCCGCAUCCUCAGCAGCACACCUUACAACAACCGUCGUUCAAUUUGGUGAAGCUAUUCAUCAAACAGAAAAGCAGUUCAACGGACACGUGCAUGGAUGUGUCUUCCGGGUGCUGGCCGAGUGACAGCACCAACAGCGGGGGCUCAGGCGAUCAACAAAUGCAUCACCUAGGUACCGGAAUGUCGGCGGUGCCAUCGCUGCGAUCUCGCAAGAAAAGUAUGCACGAUUCGGGCAAAUGCUCCACCACAGUCGGUGGGAGCAUUGGAGAAAGGCACGGCGAAGAGGACGAGUUUCAGCUCGACAGUUUGGAUGCACAAAUUAACAAUAGCCACGUACAUGGUAACAAUAAUAACGGCAGCCAUAGCGACGUCGCUGAAGAGGAUCAAAACGGAGACGAGGUACCACAACCGUCUCCGCGUAGAGCUACCGGAAUGGAUGAUACAGGGGUGACAGCAGCAAAUACAAAGUUGAAUGAUUUCAACCGACAGAUACAUUGCUCCCCGAAGCGGCAAUAUAAGGGCUUCAACAUAAACAUCGGGGCUGGUAGAAAUCAAGGAAUGAAAAAUCCGGCUGUACACGGACUGAUGCACCACCACAACGUGAGCAGCAUUGGGUCGGCCAGUCCGCUUAACAGCAGCAGCAGUAUUAACAACACUAGUCACAACGUAAACAACAACAAUAGCUAUAAGGAUACUAACAGCGAUACGAGUCGCACGUCAGAAAACCUCACGCAGAUAUUCAAUCAUAGUGGCAAUAAUAAUACUACCGUCUCCAUGAGUUCCAAGACAAAAAUCCCGAUCGACAUGAUUACAAAAUCAAUGCAAACGUCGCUCAUAGGAGCGCCACCAGCAUCCGGGGGAACUGGAACUCGUGAAAAAGUUCGCGUAAUACCGCCCUCGUUCUUGGACCGAUUGAACGAGCUGGGGGAUAAGCAGAAGGCGCCCGUCUUCGUGGUUUAUCCUAAUUAUGCACUUCCGGAUUUAGGCUUCCUGAAGACGCAAAACGAGGUCGUGAUAUCGCCACUCUCGUUCAAGGAAACGUUAACGGGCGUGGGACAAUCGUUGAAGAAACCGCGACCCGUUUCGAUGAACGACAUUGAAACCAUUCGGCAGCGCGAGUACAAGCACGUGAUGGAUUGGAAGUCGCUUGUGUUCCUUCUACCGAGCGAUUACCGCAAGCUGCUUCGACACAUCCCGGAAGUUAGCGAGCUGAGCCUUUCGACCGAAAAACAGCCUAUGUUUUGUAUGACACCGCCGCUGCGACGCGGUGUUGCGCGUGGUGUUAGCUGCGAUUGUACGAAUUUGCUGAAUCAGAACACGCAAACCUACAAUAGCUCCAGCUCUGGUGGAAGCUCCAGCGCUGCUCCAAGCUCUGGAUACAGAGGAUCUUCGACCAUGCUCACGACAGACUCCGAAAUGGACGUUAUUCUCGGGCCUUCGAACGGCAGCAACAACAAUCUGUACGUAUAUCAGUACGACAGUCCGGCUGAGGUGUUGGCAUCUUCGGAGAGGCCUCCCUCCGGACGUACGGCAGGCGUUCCCAAGGGUAUUCUUCGACGACCACAGGGUACAGGUCGUGGGACGAACAAUGCAACCGGUGUUGCUAGCAAUGCAGCCAGCAUGAAAGCAAAACGGAGUAGCAUGUUCGAGGAGCAACAGCUGUCUCACUACCCCCAGGGGUCAAGAGAGAAGCGACGAUCUUUGCAAGAGCAUCACUCCUACAAUUUUUACGAAGACGCUGAAGAAGGAGACGAAGAAUGCGGCGGUGAGCCUAAGCUUCACAACUCACCCAACAUGACACCUCAUCCUCGGUUGGCCAACACUCCUAAACUCCCAUCAGCGGAUCACUAUCACAAACUCAACAAACUUGUGGAAUUAAGCGAACGAGAUCUGGCGUCAGUUGGCGGUGGAGGGCGUCCCAUUGAACAACAAUACAUCGAGGACGAUUUGGAAGCACGUGUCCGGGCGGAACAAUUUUUGUCGCACGUGCCGAAAUCGGAGCUGAAGCAUUACGCUGAAAUCGCACACAUUCUAGAGUCAACGGAAAUGUUGGAGUCAACGGAACCGCCCUAUGAUCGCAUGAGGCUUCGGAACGAAGUCAGUCGAUUGUUGUCGCAAAGAAGAAACGUAUCGUUCACGAAACAGCAAACAGCACCAACCAGUAACGGUGGCACCAAUACGACACCAGUGCGGCAACCGGGAACCUCAGCAACGGCUCUUCUGCGACCAACAGAGAUCAAAUUUUCCACACCACCCAACUCGCCAAACAUGUCGGUAACGCUAGCGAAAACAGGCCACCCAAGUUCGACUACGAAAGUAGCAGAGCGAAAACCGCCCGUAGUUCACCGAGCUCCGUCGUCGUUGGCCGGGUCACCUGCGUCCGGUACUGAAAAGGAAAAGCAAGAUAAAAUCCAAACGAAUCGGUUUAAGCGGUUACAAAUCCAAUGGGAGCUGUUGAGCAAGGAAGCGAAACCAUCUUCCGAUGGACAGCGAAAGGAGAUCCGCAGCGGUGGCACUACGCCAACCGGUGGAAAUAGUGCUUCCAAAUCGCGAAUUCCACGCCCCGUUAGCUAUCCCACUACCAGAACCAACUCUGACCCCGUUGUAAGCAAGACUUUGAAAUCACCUAGUCGUAUUCUUGCACCAAGAAAGUAUGGAGCUGCGGUACAAUCCCCAGCUACAACGCCACCCACUCCGGCUCCACGGACUCCGAGCAAAAUGUUUAGCAACACAACUCCCAAGAAAGUGGCCUCAGUUCCUUCUCGCCCCGCAACACGCACACGGUGAAGAGAAUGAUGUGCUGCAUAAUAAUGAUAUGUCCUAAACUAACCGCUUAUGACUUUUUCCCUUUUUUCCUUUUUCUUAUGUUCACUCACC